GCUUUGGCUUGUACAAAGACUAAGUUAGCACGUCUGCAUGAAUUAGUUCCAGCAAAUCCUUUGCCCGUUUUGCUUUAUCAUUAGGAAACUUUUCCAUGGUCUGCUUUCCUUUCAAGCACACAAUACAAGUUUGUCGGUCCGAUCCUGUAAAAUUUACACAAAACUAUCUUUUAACUCUUUCCUGUAUCUUUUGUUUAGGUGACCAUCCGUUUGUGCCAUAAUUCAUGAUCCGAAACACCUGCAGAUAUUGAUCUUGCUCGUUCUGUAAUAAACUUGUUCACUUUGUACAAGCCGUUACAUAUUGUACCAGUAAAUUCUACAUUUCCUGAAUCAUAAAAAAUGUUUACAUGAUAAACUUAACAUUCCAAUUUAAUAAAAAC